GGGGAAGAUUGGAGGACGAAGGAUGAAAAGACAAUGGGGGAGAAAUAGAGUGGGGAAAGAGAGAAAGGGUGAAAGGUUGAGGGAGAGAGGACGGGAGGGUGGUGUAAUAUGUAAGGCUGCUCAAUGGCCAGGUCGUGUAGGGAAUACUUUGAGGAUAUUGUAUAAUGGUAUAUAAUGUAUGUUGUUAAUUUUGUAUGUACGGAGAGGUGCUAGAGUUGUAUUAUAAUAGCCUGGGGAGGUAAUGACAGAAAAGUGUCAGUGAUUUGCUUAGUCUUGGAAUAAAGCGUUUUCUCUUAUUUUAGUAGUACUGUUGACGAAAUGCAAAGUCUGGCUAGCAUGUCGUGCUGGAAUGGGCGUCGUGACGCCUCUGAUUUUAUCGUAAAAACAUAUUAGAAUAAUUUGCUUACUACUGAACAUAUAGAUAUUUAUGGUUUUUUAUAUAAAAAAAUUGUUUUAGUAGAGUUUUAGUCUGGCAUGCAAUUGGCACUGGAAAAUGAGUCUGGCAUCUUCCCAAAGUUGUUGUAAAAAGUCGAUAUGUAGAAUCAUUUGCUUAGAGCUGUAACUUGUCAAGAUAAUGGUUGAAAUAUGUAAAAUUAUUAAAAAAUGAGUCUGACUACUAAUAGUGACUGGGAAAUUGGUCUGGCAGCCCUUAUUGUCGUCCGCCUGAGCGCACCGGCAGCCCACUGCCCGUCGCAUCUCUGAAUAUUAUUAACAUAUUACUUAUUAAAAAAGAUUUUAUUAGAGCUUACCUAAAGAAAAACAACAAUUUUGUGCUUAUUAUAUAUUAUAAAUUGAACUGACAUGUAAUUAUGACAUGUAUGUUAUGUAAUAAUAAAACAUAAAAUAAAUAUUUAAAAAUAAAACCGUAUUUUAAAAUAAUCGACAUUAUGCAAGUAUGCACUUAUACGAAAUCAAUCAACUUUGUUUAUUAAAAAUGUAUUGAUUAAAAAUCUGCAUUAUUUGAAAUUAAACUUUCAAUUUUCGAUAAAUAGUCAUUUCUACAUCGCUAAGCUUGGUACUGUUUUUGUUCGAAAAUACUUCCACUGAAAAAUAUAUAUUUCAUGUAUAACAGUUGAAAAAAUAGUGUUAUUUAGGAAAGAUAAGAAUUAAUAGAAAAGUAUAUUCUUUCUUUUAGCACAAAAAUUUAAAUUUUAUAUGAGAAAAAAUUAAUGUUUUUAAUGUUAUUUCUUAUAUCGAAAUAAAUAUAUAUACAAAGCUUUCGAAAUUAUAUAAUAAAUGUAAGAUAUACAUUUUAUAAAGUUCUUUAUCUGCUGCCUCUUAUUUGAAGUAAAUAAAUUUAUUUGCGAGAUAAUUUUUAAUUUCUUUCAAACUUUUUAUAAUCUAAAUACGAAAAGUAUUUAGAUUUACAAAACAAUUACAAAUUUUUAUAUAUUGUUUUAUUGAAAAUUACACGAAUAAUUUAUAUAAGUUUUUCUGUUUGCCAGCACUAUUUUACAGUUAUGGUAACAAUAACAACAAAAUAUUAUAAAACAUAUAUUUUAAAAUAUUUUUCAAAAUGAACGAAAAUAUUUAUAUUUAAUGAUACGAGCGUUACGUGACAUUUACAAACGGUGGGUUUGUUGUAAGUGCUGAUGGCUCUGAUAUAAAGAGCGAUCGCAAAAAUCACCCAUUUCGUGGUCAUCGAGUUUUUAUAUGAUUUUGGUGGUAAAUGUAUCAUCAAACAUUCAUCCCCUAAAAAUUUUGAAUUGAGCAUACCUUUCAUUGCUAAGAUAUGAAGAGAAGUUGAUAUUAUUCACAAAUAAAGGUUACGCCAUUUUAUCCGUUCAACAUAAGAUACUUUAACAUUAUUUCUAAAACUAAAAAAUGUUUCUGAUGGAAAUUGUUCAAGUGAUAGGAGACUAAUUCAUCGUCAUCUCAAAUUGACAAUUAAGUCAAUUUGAGGUGACAAAAUUGUGAAGGUCAUUUAGAAAUCAACUUACGAAAUUCAAUAAAAUGUUUGUCAACUAAUGUCGGAUAUCUGUCUCUGCAAUCUAAUUACUUGUAAUCUUAAAUGGACUUUUAAGGAAUAAUUUGCGAGGUCAUGUAGAGGUCAAAGGGACAUUUUCAGAAAAAUUCGAGAUGAGCGUUUCUUUGCCUCUCUGUCUGUCAGAGUGCUUGAUUAGUGUGAGUUCCCUCGCCUCUUACGUCUCGGGAUGCUUGAUUAGCGUAAGUCCUCUUGCCUUUUACGAUGAAGUCUUGACUUUUACUCACUUUCCAUUUCAUCUCUUUGCUUAGAGAUCGUUAUACAUAUAUUGUAUAUUUUUGGAUUUGGUACUUUUAAAUAAUGAUAUUGACCAUAUCCGAGGUACCAAAUCAGAGUCAUUAUAUAGCUGCAACAGCCUACUGUGCGUGAAUCUCUCUCGUAUGUGCAAUAGUAUUUUAUUAUCGAUUCUCGACCUCUUUUCUCCCUAUCUAUUAGGACGAAAAUAUGGUGAAACGCGCACAUGUUUGUCCUUGUCUUUUAUAUUAUCUUUGUUUGACGCUCGACCUACGAAAGUAGAGAGUAGGGGCAAUCUCUGUAAGCGUGUUUCCUUGUAUAAAUAUGCUGGACAGUCCCCGAGGGCACGCUUAUACGUUUAAUAAAAAAAAUUAUAGAAUACUACUUUUGUUAACAAUUUUUCGUAGCCCAAUAACAAUUAUGUAAUCUGUAAAAUAUCUUGGUGAAAAAGCUACCACUACUAAAACUAUUAGAAAAAUCACAGUAAAUACCGCAGCAUUUUAGAAAUCGGUAGUAUCUAUAUUUGAAAUAUUGUUAUAAGGUCUGUUGUGAGUGCGCGACACUCACACAAACUCUACUUGUAAUAACGAGAAGGGUGUCGAGUGACACCUCGCGCGACGACACCGUCCGGCCUUGCUACCGGGCAUCGCACCGGCCUUCACACCGGACAUCACACCGAGCUACAUAUCCGGUUACUCAUUUUGCCACCCGAAAUCUCCUGAUUUCCGGUGGAAUGCGCCUAGCUAGCAAUUGCUGGCUAAGCUAGUGCACGGGCCAAAGGCCCGUGACCGCGAGUGACACCCCUUGGUAACAAGCCGAAAGGCUGAGUAUAUAAAGACCGCGGAAAGAGAACGAGUGGGCUCAUAAUCAAUAAUAAUAGCGACGAGUAUAUGUCGCUCGUCGAAACUACAAACUAGACGAAGUAACUCAUCUUUCGGGUUCGCUAACGAAAACUGUACAGGAAGAAUAAAUAUAUAUCUCUUAUUAUUAACUCUCGGCGUUAUCUCUUGGAAACCUGAUCCCGAGGAGUCAUCGGCAGCGGUCCCGCACUGUAUCCCGAGACCAGGGAUACAACAAAUUGGUGGCAGCGGUGGGAUUCACUGCCGAAAAAUACCGAAAAGGGAAAAAACGCUCCCUAACGGACUCAGCGCACAGAAGAAAACCGCCGAAGAGAAACAUUAAAGCCAGGGCGACAAUUCACCCGAGGCGCAACAAAGCCGACCUGCUGAUUCUCCGAGACAAGGAAGGAAGAUAGCAUCGGACAACAGCGAUAGCAGUGUUAUCUAAGACGACACCGACCUACCGCAACGUGACGCACCAGCCACAAGCAGCUGAGCGACGGACAACAUGCGGCGAUACAUCGCGGUAAUAUUUAUAAUCUGGGUGACGCUAAGUUCCGCAGAAGACCCGGACAUGAAGGCACCGUAUGAAAUAGAAAAAUUUACGCACCAUCCAGGGAUAUAUUUUGAAAAGCUAGGAGGAUUACAUCAGGUUGAAUCCUUCUGGAAAGUGGUCAUCAAGAUAGACGUGACGACACUAUCAAAACGACUCGCACAGGUAGAAAAAUACGUACGCAAAACGGAUAAUCUAUGCAAAAUGAUAGCAGUCAUAGGGAAAGAAACAUGCGAAAAUUUACACAGCGUUAUUGAAAAAGGGUGUGAAAGAACUAAUAAAUUAAUAGAACGCAUAAACUCAACAUACAAUACAAGAAUACACAAAAGAGGAUUAAUCGACGGGAUAGGAUCAGUCGCAAAAUCAUUGUUCGGUACGAUGGACGCAAACGAUGAAAAAUUAAUUAACGAACAACUAACGGUAUUACACGACUCACAGGAAUUAAACAAACACGCAAUAAAAAACCAAAUAAAAAUAAUGCAAGCCACUAUCGCUCACAUUGAUAACAGUGAAAGAACUAUCCGACAAAACGAAAAUACUCUCGUGGACGCGACAGACAAACUAAGAACAAAAUUAUUAGAAGACGAACGCCAAAGUAACUUACACGAAAAUUUUAUAAUAAUUAACGCGGUACUGUCUGAUCUAACACGCGACGCGGAAGACGUACUAGAAUAUUUAACGUUUUUAAAAGAAGGAAUUCUGCAUCCUCGGUUAACACCUAUAUCAAUAAUAAUAGAAUCACUUAAAGACGCUAGCUCGCAAUUGCCCGAAGGACUCUACUUCCCAUUCAGAAUAAAAGAGAAUGAAUGGUCGACAAUAGAGAAAUUUGCGACAGUAGGCGCAUACUGCGAUCAAAUAAAUAUAUAUACUAUUUUACGAUUCCCUCUAAUUUCGAUGCCAAAAUACGAAAUACUAAGUGUAAUUCCGCUACCUAUCCCAAGUCAGAACAACAUUUUUUCGUUCGUAGAAAUUAACAAUCCCCUGAUUGCAAUAGACACAGAACAGCGUACUUACAUAACCCUCGCAAAGAACGACCUGCGGAAAUGCAUAGAGAUAAAUACCGAAUACCUAUGCACGGAAAAUCACCCCGUAUAUCAAAUAAACCCAGACUCUAUCUGCGAGAUAAAAAUGUAUCUAGAAACGAAAGAUCAUUAUAAAAAUUGUAACAUAAAAAAUGCGACGUCGAACCACAGUCUUUGGAUAGCGUUAAGUAAUUCACACUCGUGGCUAUACUCGUCACCACGAAAGCAAGUAAUUACUCUACAUUGUAAAGACCAUGGAAAAAUAAAGGAAACAAUUGAAAAAGUAGGUAAAAUUACAUUAAAAAAUAACUGUAAGUUAGUGACAGAAAAUACAAUUAUAAGAUCACCCAAGAUGUCACAUGAGACAAGAGUAGAAUCAUAUCUCCCUCAGUAUAAUAUUUCACUACUACAGAAGCCUGGUUUAGAAAACGAUACAGGUCUCAAAGAAAUAAAAUUAAAAAAUAUUAUACCAAAUCCGACGGAAUUAAAAAAUUCCAAGGAUAAAUUAGAGGAGAUAGACAACGAACUAGAUAAAAAUUCAAGUUCGAUUUUUCAGUCGCCACACUUUAUUUUUCCAAUGGCGACAAGCGGAACAACAAUUGUAAUAAUAAUAAUAGCCGUAGUAAUAGGAUUUAUUAUAAUAAAAAAGAAAAAACGGAAUAACAAUAAGCGGGUGACAUUAGAUAUAGAUACAGAAUAUACGAUACCGAGAUCUAUCCUAAAACGAAGCAACAGCACACGUUUCUAACACAAAAAACAUAUAUAUAUAUAUAUGUAUAUAUAUGUAAUAGUAAUUAACAACUAUAUGUAAUAGUAAUUAUUAUAUAUAUCAUAUACAAUUUGAUCCAUUAUUUCCUGCGGGAAAAAACGUGGCAUUAGUUUGCACAGCUCUACGUCUCGGAUUAACAAAAUUAGACCCAUAUAUCACACGAUAUAUCGCGUUACACCGGAACCAAAGAAUCAAAAAACUUAUUUCUGCAAAUUUCGCUCACACACCGGAUGUGCAUAGCUGAAUUGACUAUGACCAUAUAUGGCCCGAUUUAGGGAAUUACACCCCACCACUUCCAUUCCUACGAGACUAUAAAAACUGACGACCCAAUCGAGCCCUAAAGACUCGAUACUGUCGUUACGAUAAACAAAGUUCAAGCUCAAGAACAACAGCAGCAGCCAGGCGGAACCAGCCCCGCAAAUUACCCCGGUGACAUAGAGUUUACAACACACACACCAACUCCAAGGACAGGAUGAAAAUUCCUGUGGAAUUUGAACUCAGUCAGCCCAUCGAUGGAGUGCGCCCAUUGGACCACCCAGAAAGAUACGAAAGACUUCUACGAAGCAUCUGCCUCCAACCAACAGAGAGAUGUCUAGUGGAAACAGAGUUUCCUUGGAGAAGAUGGUGCCGAAGCUGUUAUCGCCAACGAUACCGGCUUUAUUGCACCAUACGAGAUCCAUCGGCACACGGAUACCGGACGCAGCUCUCACCUGACGAACAUUGGGAAACGAUCACCGAGUGUUUCAAAUGCGGAAAAGUGUUAAUGAACGUGUGCCCUGCCAGAAACUGCCGGAAGUGCAUCGAGAUAUUCCUCGACGAAGAAGAGGCCGUAAACGAGACCCUGGACAUGAACAUGUUCAGUUUUGAAAGAUUUUAAAACCUGUGUGUACGCGAAUCUGAGAACGAGCAAUACCAGCUACAAAUGGUAUGUAAUUAUUAGUAUAAAACAAUAAAGAAAUAGCGAUUAGUAUAUAGUUUUUCACUAAGGAAAAGCGAUAAGAUAGCGUAAACUAUUAGUUGCGAAAACUCAGCCCCUCGUUUUCUUUCCAAUAAGGGGGAGGGAUGUUGUGAGUGCGCGACACUCACACAAACUCUACUUGUAAUAACGAGAAGGGUGUCGAGUGACACCUCGCGCGACGACACCGUCCGGCCUUGCUACCGGGCAUCGCACCGGCCUUCACACCGGACAUCACACCGAGCUACAUAUCCGGUUACUCAUUUUGCCACCCGAAAUCUCCUGAUUUCCGGUGGAAUGCGCCUAGCUAGCAAUUGCUGGCUAAGCUAGUGCACGGGCCAAAGGCCCGUGACCGCGAGUGACACCCCUUGGUAACAAGCCGAAAGGCUGAGUAUAUAAAGACCGCGGAAAGAGAACGAGUGGGCUCAUAAUCAAUAAUAAUAGCGACGAGUAUAUGUCGCUCGUCGAAACUACAAACUAGACGAAGUAACUCAUCUUUCGGGUUCGCUAACGAAAACUGUACAGGAAGAAUAAAUAUAUAUCUCUUAUUAUUAA